AUGGGGAACACAUCUGUCAUCUGUGCUGUGUGGUCAAGCUGGAAACUCCACACACCCAUGUACAUCUUCCUGGCCAACUUCUCCUUCCUGGAAAUCUGCUAUGUCAGUUCCGAUGUGCCCCAAAUGUUAGCCAACAUCCUCUCCCAGAGCGAGAGCAUCUCCUAUGUUGGCUGCCUGCUCCAGUUCUACUUCUUCUUUUCUAUGUGUGCUGCUGAAUGCUUAUUUCUGUCAGUGAUGGCUUUUGAUCGAUUUCUUGCCAUAUGUAGACCUUUGCAUUAUCCCACCAUAAUGACCCAUCGCCUGUGUGCUUGGUUAGUGGUCUUCUGCUGGGCUGGUGGCUUUCUCUGGUUACUGACCCCUUUGAUUCUAAUAUCUCAGGUGCCUUUCUGUGGUCCAAAUACCAUUGAUCAUUUCCUGUGUGAUCUAGGACCUUUGCUGGCAUUGUCCUGUGCUCCAGUAUCUGGAACUACCCUGAUCUGUGGUAUCAUGAGCUCUCUCAUCAUCUUUCUCACCUUCCUAUACAUUCUUGGCACUUACUACUCCAUCCUAAGUGUGGUGCUACAGAUGCCCUCAGGCUCAGGAAGGCAUAAGGCUUUCUCUACUUGUGCCUCCCACCUUGCUGUGGUGUCUCUGUUCUACGGCUCAAUCAUGAUGAUGUAUGUUAGCCCAGGUUCUGGGGACCAUCCUGGGAUGCAGAAGUUUGUGACCUUGUUUUAUGCUUUGGCGACACCAUUCUUUAAUCCCCUGAUCUACAACUUCCGGAACAAAGCUAAAUUGGAAUUAUAA